AUGCCCAAGGGUCAUGAUUCAAAGAGUUUCAUCUCAAAACCAUCAAUUGCAACAAGUAAUCUAGUUGGAGAAGAUGAAAAUGUUUAUAUAUUUAACGAGGAAGAUGUUAUUGACAUUUCCGACAUUGGGAAUGGUGAACACUUGGACGAAAAGAUAGCAGAUUGUGCAAAAAUUACCAAAAUUGCUGAAGAAUCUGGUGUUAAUGACAUUAACAGAGAGAAAACCAUAGUUAGAGAAAUAAAUGAUCAUAUUGAUGAUAAUGUAAUAGAUGAAGAAGCUUCUCAAUCGUUGAAGUUACAGUUGGAAGAAAGUUUUCGUCGGCAAGAAAUAGAGAGCAUUGCGCAGGAAAACUUAUCUCUCAAAAACAAGUUGUUUGUAUAUCCUCCUGAGGUUUUACCCGGUCAAGACAUUGAAGUGUUUUUUAAUAGGAAUUUUUCAACUUUGUGUAAUGAGCCGAAUGUUUUUAUUAAAGGAGCAUUUAAUGAUUGGAGGUGGAAACUUUUUACCAAGAGAUUGAAUAAAACACAGCUACCCAAUGGAGAUUGGUGGUCUUGCCAACUACAUGUUCCAAGAGAAGCCUAUAAAGUGGACUUCGUGUUCUUCAAUGGGGAAAAUGUUUAUGACAAUAAUGACACAAAAGAUUUCUCCAUACCUGUUGAUUGUGGAAUUGAUGCACUCGGGUUUGAGGAUUUCUUGCUUGAGGAGAAACGUAAAGAAGUAGAAAGACUUGCUAAGGAGCAAGCUGAAAAAGAAGAACAGGAAAAAAAGAAAAGGAAAAUGGAAGCAGAGAAAACUGCAAGAGACGAGGAUAAAUCACUAGCUAGGGAGGAGGUAAAAAGGGAGAGAGAAGCGAUACAUAACUUGACCAAAAACGCAGUAAAAUGUAUUGACAAUCUUUGGUAUACAGAACCUAGUGAGUUUCAAUGGAAAGAUUGGGUCAAAUUAUAUUAUAACAGAAAAUCGGGUCCUCUUGCACAACUUCAAGAAGUAUGGCUUCAUGGUGGGUACAAUAAUUGGCAGCACAAUUUAUCAUAUGUUCAAAGGCUUGGCCAAAUUGAUUCAAAAGAUGGUGAUUGGUGGUGUGCAAACGUUGUUGUCCCAGACCAAGCUGUUGUACUGGAUUGGGUUUUUGCUGAUGGUCCACCUGGAAAUGCAAGUGUGUAUGAUAACAAUAAUGGUAAAGACUUUCAUGCUAUUGUGGCAAAAGUAAUACCAGAUGAACAAACUUGGAUUUGGGAAGAGCAGAGGAUAUAUGCAAAUUUGCGCGAGAAAAGAAGGUUAAGAGAGGAAGCUAAAGGUGCCAAGAAAGUUACUGUUAACUAUGCCUAUACUGUAAAUCUAUCACAUUUGGAGUAUGGCUUUUUGCUUUACGAAUUUGAUUUGCUUGAAAAAACAGCUAUCAUCAAAGCUGAAACAAAGAAAAAAACUUUAGAAAGAUUUUUGCUUUCUCAAAAGAAUAUUGUCUUCACCCAACCUCUUCAUGUUCAAGCGGGGGGUACAGUGACUGUGUUUUAUAAUCCUUGCAACACAAACCUAAAUGGAAAACCGGAGAUUUGGUUUCAAUAUUCAUUUAAUCGUUGGACUCAUCGUUCUGGUUUGUUGCCACCUCAGAAAAUGGUUUCUGCAAAGAAUGGUACUUAUGUCAAAGCCUUCGGUGAGUCACUCAUUGUUGUUAAAGUUCCAUUGGAUGCAUACAUGAUAGACUUUGUAUUCUCUGAUAAAGAAGAAGGUGGAAUUUUUGAUAAUAACGAUGGAAUGGAUUAUCAUAUGCCAGUUUUGGGAGGGACUGUAAAGGAAACACCCAUGCAUAUUGUCCAUAUUGCUGUUGAGAUGGCUCCAAUUGCGAAGGUUGGAGGCCUUGGCGAUGUUGUAACUAGUCUAUCACGAGCAGUGCAGGAUUUAAAUCAUAAUGUGGAUAUUAUUCUUCCAAAAUAUGAUUGUUUAAACCUUAGCAAUGUAAAAGAUUUCCGAUUUCAUAAACAUUACUUUUGGGGACGGAAUGAAAUAAAAGUAUGGAAUGGAAAGGUGGAAGGUCUCUCUGUAUACUUCUUGGAACCUCAAAAUGAGUAA